AUGCCGUUUGGGAUGGGACCAAAGUUAGAUGAACUGAAGGCAGCAUUAGUGUUCUGUCCUCUUUGGAGUUUUGAAAAGCGCAAGUGGUUGGGGCUGCUACUUCUUCAAGCCAUGGGAGUUUAUUAUUUGCAUCACAAUUCAAGGAUACCCUUUCAAAGUGCAAUAAGGGUAUUCGACGAUGAAGCCAUGAGGUCGUAUCCAUGGGGUCGGACUGCAUACGAAGUUCUAAUUGACUCUAUUAAAACGUUGGCUACAGAUGGAGGUUCAUACACAAUAACCGGCAUGAAGGACGCGUUAUUGAUUUGGGCUUAUGAUUCCGUCACAUGCUUCGGUGAGAGUUUUGGGAGAGUGAUCAAUAACGAAGACGUUCCGCUUUUGCGAUGGGGUGGAAAGCGUACACGUGCAAGCUUUGAUAAAUUGUUGUCUGUCGAAAUCGAAAAGCAUGGCGAGGUGCGUGUGAGGAGAAUGGUUUUGAAGGACUCAAUUGAAGAGAUGUUUCCUAUUUGGCCGGGUGAAGAUGACGACCCACAACUCGUUAGGUUGAUACUAAACAUACAUUCAGGUAUAUUUGUGAAAGGUUUGUGGGAAGUGCAGGGGAAUGCAAAGGGGAAGGGGGAUGAGAAUAAGAGAAUGAAGGGUGGAGUUUCGUCAGAAGCUGAGCCACCCACUAAAAAGCAGAAAAAAGUUAAGACACAGAAUGAGUUUGAAGCUGAUGCAGCGGGAAAGGGUUCUAGCGAGAAGGAAGGUAGCAAAGAGUUGGACUUGGAGAACAAAGCGACUCUAACGACCAUUGUGAGUACUCUGGAUAUUAUUUCCAGAAAAUUUGAUCAGGUUGAUUCACGGUUGGAAGCUUGCGAGUUAGACCGGAACAGACCAUUGAUGGACCAAAAGACCAUUAAUGACAGGGUGAAUGCUUUACUGGAGGAGCGUCUGAAAGAUCUGGGGAUUGGGAAAAUUCCCGAAAACCAUGAUAACCCCUCUCCACUAUUAUCAGAUAACUCUUUAUCGAUGGCAUCACCGGUGGUUCGAACGCAUCAGAAGUCUGUCAAUAGUCCAGCGUUAGUAGCUGCGACUCCUGGUAAGGAGUUUGGACCGAAAAAGAAUUUGGCCAAAGAGCUUGAAAAGGAAUCAGAGGUGAAAAGGACUUUGGAUGAGGAGUUUGGUAGUGUCGAUAAAGCUACUGAUAUGCGGUCUCUUGAUUUCGUAGUAGUUUCUCCUGCAAAGGCUACUAAGGAUGAUAAGGCUGCUAAGGAUCCAGCCUAUGGACGCGGCUGCAGGCGCAAGCGUAUUACAGAUGCUGCGUUUAAGAGGAAGGAGAAGGCUGAGGCUAAGAAAAAAGCUGAUGAGGAUAAGAAAAAAGAGGCUGAAGCUAAGAAAAAAGAGGUUGAGGCUAAGAAAAAAGAGGCUGAGUCAAAGAAGAAACAAGAGGCUGAGCUAAAGAAGCAAAAACAGGCUGGGUCAAAGUACAAAAAGGUGACUCCACCGCGUGACGGUGUAACAAGAUGCAAGGUACAACCUGAUGUAGAGGACAGUUCAUUGGCUGAUAUAACUGACGAAGUUGUUGCAGAACAGAACGAAUUCGCGCCGGAGUCUGAUGUCGAGAAUUCUGAAGUGGUUAGAUCUGCCAUAAUUAAGGACUACCGGGAGAAAAAUGUUCGGUUAACUCCAAAAGGGUUGUCAAUGACGGCAGUUUCUUCAUCAUUAGUUUUUUCGAACGUAGGACAUAAUGAAACGACGUGCAUGAGGAAGAAUGUUACUCCUUCAUCAGCAAUAUAUGACCCUCUAGCACCUGUUGAUCCGGCGCUAUUGGAGAAACUUAUGCAACACAUCAUGCAUGUCGUGGCGUAUAUGAACGUCCUCAUUAAAAGGUCCAUGCGAGAGCCCACUCCAUUCUGGUCCAAGCGGAUUGCCUUCGUUGACGUUUGGUGGCAAAGUUUUUUGAUUCACGAUUACGCUCAGUUCAAGAUGAAACCCACAAUGUUCAUGUUCAAAGGCAAUGGUUAUAAAGAUAUGAUAAAUGGUAGGAUUCCCAAUCAUUGUCGAACAAACUUGAAGUGGUAUGAAGAUGUGGAUCACUUGUACAGAUGUCUUCAAACCGGCGGAAAUCACUGGGUUGCCUAUAACGUGGAUCUGAAGAAGGAGAAGAUUGAUUUCUACGAUCCAAUCUUUGGAGAGGUAACACUCGAAAGUGAGCAGAGAAUUCUGAAUUCAUUUAAACCGCUGACGCACAUGAUUCCCGCUAUGUUGAGUGUACAUAUUCCUGCCAAUAUCGGACCCAUUAGCAUGAAGAAGUUCUCAUUCAGAAGGAGGAGCAAAAGAUACACUCCACAAAACACCCAGGUUGGCGAUUAUGGUGUGUAUUCGUUGAAGUUUGUGGAGUGUCUAGCGCUUAGUGUAACGUUUGAUGGGAUAAACGAUCAAAAUAUUCAAGGUUUACGGAUGAAGAUGGCAGCAAAUAUCCUCGCUGAAGGAGGAAAUGUUGUGACGGACCAAAUGAUGGCUAAAUGA